AUGCCCAUGGAGCCAUCCCAAAAUGAGGGUCCGGGGGACGCAGAUGACGUGCUCAGCGAACAUAAAUCGCAACCCCAGGCUGCGAGGCAGAGGAAACGGAAGCCGAGGGUUCCAAAGGGCACACUGGGUGGCCCAAGACCUGCCGCUCAAAUUCCUUACCAGGUCUUUCGCAUGGAGGAUGGGCCGGAUGGAAGUCAAGACAUGGUGCACGUUUGCAACUAUGGGACACCUGAGCCAACAUCGGCCCCAGCAUUGCCGCCAUCUGAUGCCCUACCACAGCCAGCACUUCACGCUGCCAAAGCCAUCGGUACUACCCGCCCUCGUGAGAUUGACUCUUCAAAGAACACUCAAGCAGUGUCGAUGGCCCCAACUCCGCCUAACACUACGGAUGCCAUCGAGAAACCUACAAGUCCACCGCUGCCAACGGAUCAGGACCAGCCCACCGCGCAACGCGAGCCUGCCAGACCCAUGCCUGACCUGGCAUUCCAGUCGCAACCGGGUCAGAGUGAAGCGCAGCAGCCGUCCUUCACCCCUUUACCAGACGCAGAGCUCGGACCGUCGACCGGAGGUGUGCAACCACGAGUGCCCAACCUCUUGCCGAGCGUUGAACAUGCUUCCAAUGAAACGGCGCCUGUCACGAAUUCGGCCAAGCCUACCGAGCAGGCUGCUCGUGAGCCAUUUGCUGUGGCUGGUCCAGACGCCCAGCCCAUACCGCCACAGGAAGUUGCUCCUACGUCGGCAGCACCGAAGCCAAGAACCAAAGCACCACCAAAGCCGAGAAAAUUGGCCCGGUCACAGUCGGCAGGCAAUCUGGGGUUACCGAAUAUGCCUGCGAGUGAACCCAUGGGACCUUCAAGCCUGUCGCAAUCGAUGACCGGCGAUAGUGAUCAGGUUCUCUCAGCUGGCGACCCUUCCACUCUACGCAGGGCAAAGUCAUCUGGUCCCACUGAUGUUCCGGUGCCAGCAAGCGAUCCUGCUGGUCCAACGACAACUCAAGCCGCGACGACACCAUCGUUCGCGCUCGCGCUUCCUGAUAUCCCGUCUUCUACGGCAGAUGGCGCGACCUCGUCGCAGGAGGAGAAGACCAAUAAAAAUCUCGUGAAGAAGACGGCUAUCAAGCAGCGACUAGAAGCCGCCAUUCGGAAGGGCGAAAUGCCGCCGUAUUGCAGCAACUGUGGCGCUAUCGAGACCCCGACAUGGCGCAAGAUUUAUGGUCAAAACCACGAGGGCCUGGCCCCUCACCACAAUCCCGAGGAGUACUCAUCUAAGCCUGGGAUGGUAACGACUGUUGAUGUGGUUCGCGCCGCGACCGAGGGGAAGGCUGGACUGUACCGUGUCAUCAAGAAGAAUCUUGGUCCAAAUGACGACAAAUCGGCAUGGCAUGAACUUCUGCUGUGUAAUCCCUGCGGCAUCUGGCUUGGCAAGACCUUCAAGCUUCGUCCUCAGAACCGAUGGGAGGGCGACGCUGCUCGUCUGGGACAGAAGAGAAAGAAGAAGUCAUCUUGUGACGUGCUCGACUCUCGCCCGGUCAAAUCUCGUACCAAGAGCGACGGGGUGAUGAUGCCGACGUCUGAAGCAUGCUUCCCGACUACGGAUGCCAUAGGACCCGAUGAUUUCUGGUCACCCUCGGCCGGGAUGACAGACCAAAUGACGAUCGACCCAGCGCUGGGAAGAGAGCCUACGGCAGACAGCAUGACGCAGAGUUUCGAGGCGGAAGCUACCCUUGAGCCGCAAUCUACCAAUUCGACUGCGACGGAAACUGCCAAAGGCCUCACACAAACGGAGGCUGCUAGGGAUGCGGCGAUGGGCACGACUAAGCGACUCCUGUUUCCCUCCCCACGAAAGGACCAGCCGUCCACCGCUCUCGGUGAAGUGGACAUUAACAUUGUGCAGACUGGUUCCGAACAUCGUCUCGUCCAGGACAGUCCGCUCCAAAAGGAGAACCUCAUCGUGACGACGACGCCCAGGGCUAGCGAAAACUUUGACGACUUGGAGGACUUGUUCAGAAGCCCUCUGCCCCUUCGCCCAACGACGCCAUUGAACAACGGAAAAGCAGCGGCUCCCACGACACCAUUCAAAACACCGGCGCGGGCGACGCCAAGUCACAGGCCGAUCACCAGGAGCGUAUCACGGUCUAUCAAGUCGAAAGAGACCAUGCUGGCGUCGCCCUUGCUCACCUUCAAAAGAACGCCUUCCCGGACACCAAGCAAGCCAGUGCUAGACGACAUGGCGUUACUCGCGACGCUAAGCAAGCAAGCACACGAGGGGUGUGAAGGCAACGCUAUGGACUUUGACGAGAGCAUCUUCGAUACGCCACUGUGCCGCGCUGUCAACCAGAUGCUGUCCGAAUCCAACUUUGGGAUGCACGAUGAUGACGGAAUGGACCUGAUCGAUGUGGACAUGAACGCGCCGGACUGGGCCAGCUUCAACACCAUCUUUAGCACAGAUGCGCCUGUGCCCAGUUCGCCGCCCAUGAAGGCCUUUCCAGGUCAGGUGGAUCUGAGCUUUGAAGCACAGGCACAAAUGUCCGAGCCCUGGAGCAUGGACCAGAUGGAGGAUGCCGAGGAUGAUGUUUAG